CCAUCUCCGAUCACAGAGAAAAGUUGCUCCAGGUGAGCGGCCAAUCAGAACCCCCAAUUCCAGCUGACAGCGGAACAUUUGCCCACCGACACCACCGACCGCACCGGCCAGCAGUGGCCCCACUUCGGCAUCGAAUCUUGGAUGGAUCGGCCACCUCAGGAUGAAAGCUCCCUGGUCAUUCAAGCUCUGAGCUUGCCGAAUAUUUAAUCUCACCGCAAAAGAACCCAACUUCGAUACAGCCACCGACGACGGACACCUGCCAAAAUCGAUGACCCUCACAACCGCAUGAGCACAACAAUCCUCCCGAUCUGAAGUUUCCCCGGCCCGCAGCCACGAUGCGCCAGCGCCUAGCCCUCCGCAGAAUCCUCCUCCAGAGGCUCUUCCGGCUCCAGACCACCCGACCCUUCACGAGCAACACAUCCCUCACCUCCCGCAGCAGGCCACAGCUGCCCUUCCUCUCGAUUCCCGUCGUCACCUCGCCGCGAGCCCGCUACUUCACCACGGAAAAGAAGCGCUUCCUGCGCUAUGAGGGCCGCCUCUUCCUCCGCUACAAUGUCUCCAUCUGGGGUGGCGCCCUCUGCAUCCUCGGCAUCAUCUUCUUGCUAAACCAGGAAGGCUUGGAAAAGGAGCACCCCACGCCGCAUGAGUGGUCCUACCUGACGCGCAUGGGCGUCCGCGGGGCCAAGAACGCCGCCCGGGACUCGACCGGCAACAGCGUGAACUGGGUCGAGGUCAUCGUGACCUGCAGGCGCGCGCUGGCUAGGCUGGAGAACCCCGAUAUCGACGGUGCCGCAAUCAGGGAGCUGCUCGACGAACCUCUAUCCAUCGACGGCAUCGGCAACGCGGGCAAGGACGUCUCAGCCAAGAGCGAGAACUGGAGGCGGGGCUACUACGAGGUUCUGAUGCUUAUGGCGCAGGCGGCGGAGCAGCUCGACGGCUGGGUCAAGGACAAGACGAGGAAUAUCAUCUUCCCCGCCGACGUCGUCCUGGGCCCUUCCAACCCACACCCGAAACCCAUCCCCGCCGGCGCCGAGAGCGCGCCCCGGGAGGAGGACUGCGAGGUCGCCUACGAGCCCGCCGAGAACCACUACCUCCGCAUCCUCACCACAAAGGGCUUCACCGACCGCCAAAAGAUGGACGCCGCCCUCGCGUACGGCUCCUUCCUCGACUACAAAAACAUGCCCGACGCCGCCGAACGCAUGUACCAGUGGGCGCUCACCCUAGCGACGGCGAGCGCCCCGAGCGACCCUCCCCUCGUCGACCCCCGCACCUACACCAUCAACGACAAGAAGCCGACGCAGCCGUCCGAGAACGUGCUGACCGUUCUCACCUCCAUCGCCCUCCACAAGGCCCGCAACGACGACGUCAACGCCGCCCUCCCCAUCUUCAUCUCCGUCCUCCGUGCCCGCCGUGCCCUGCCCGUAGUCCCUCUCCCGGGCCAAGAACGUCCCACAGAGACGCCCUCGACGCUCUGGCAGAGGAUAUGGAACCUCGCGCAGGCGCCUACUUACCCUGCCCCGCCAGACGACGGCACCCGCGCGCCCUGGCGCCACUCGAAAGAACUCUGCGAAGAGGCCGGGCUGAACCUCUACAUUGGCGAAAUCAUCUACGCGGCCGCCGCAGCCGCAAAGGACUCUUCCUCUUCCAAGAAGCAGGCCGCCAACCGUGACGAGGGCCUCGCGUGGACGCGCGAUGCCGUCGACCUCGCCGAGGAGCAGCUGCGUAAGCUCGGUCCGAUCGGCGGCGACAAGGAGGCCCGCAAGACGUGCCGCGAGUGUCUGGGCACGGGACUGCAGAACUGGUCUGCCAUGGUGGCCAGCUUGGCUCGCGAAGAGGAGGUCAAGAACCGGGCUGAGCCGACGAAAUCGGCGUUUGGAUUCUGGACGGAGACCAAGACGGAGGAGAGCAGGUGGGCGGCAGAGGAGAAGGUCGUCAAGGAGAGGAUACGGCGGACUAGGGAGUUGUUGGUGCAGGUUGAGCCGCCUGUUGCUGGGUUGGCUUCGUUGCUUCAGGUGUAGGAGGUGCUGUUUGAUGGAGAAUGGUGCUGCGAAUGGGAGCAGAGGGUUCAGGGAGUUAUGUACAACAACAUUGUUUCGACAAUCUAUAUGUCAAUGAUACCACUUGCACAUUCAA